UAAAACCUAUCAAAUUUUUAUCCAAAGUGCGAUUUUGUCCCCCAAUCAGACUGGAAUCUAUUGGCUUCAAUCUUUAGAUGGAACGCCGCAAUUUCUGGCCAGCAUAAUUUCGAUUAGAUGUGAAAGAAUGCGUCUGUUAUUAUGUCCUACUCUGUCUGCCACACAAGACUGACCACAGCACACUGUCAGUAUGCCCAGUUGUCCACACUGAGACGCUUGGGCUAAAUUGAGGGGAUGUAUCAUUUGCGCCCGUCUCUCAGCUUCGUAUUCCGUGUGGUUGGUUUAUGAACUUUGGGCUUGUGGAAGAGAAAGGGAAGCCAGCCAAAUAGAGCUGUCAAAUAUACCCGUGAUUAUUAUGUGGAUGAGCAUUCGCUGACCAGAAAAUUUUUAUUUCGGCAAGCAGCAAGCUACAUCUUUUUGAUUCGUUUUAAAUCCAGCUAUCCAUCGCAACUAUACCGUUCCUCUUCGGGUCAGCGCGUCCGAAUUAACCUUGUACAAGCGCAACAAUGGACAGUAAAGCUGAUCAGCCACUAUUAGAGCCCACUCAGCGCCAUCCCAGCUACAUCCACGCCGAGACGAAGGAAUUCUAUGAAAAGGAUCCGAAAACCGUGGAGCACAUUGAACAUAUUGAGCUGCAUGAUGCCGAAACACCGCUGACCACUGCUGACGGAGCACAAGGGGAAACGCUCCAGGUUACGACCACCGAAACCACCACCGACAUCAGAACCGGUAAAACCAAGAACAAGACCGGCAAGCAUGCGGCACAGCAUACACCGCUGACCAUCGGCCUGAAUGUGCUGGAUCGGGAUGAAAAGAAUAUUAAUGGCCAAGUCCAUAUUAUGUUCGAUGAUGUUCUCGCUGAGCCGGAUGGGACGCACGGCUUCGAGCCAGUAUGGCGUGGAACAUUCGUCAUGUUCCACUGGACCAAGCUCUGGAUGUACCGGCUGCUUGUGGCUAUUUUCGCGCUACCGCUGGCAUUCGUUUGGGGUCUGUUGUUCGCGUUGGUUAUUGCCAUCAACAACUAUUUCUGCACACCAUUCUUCAAAUUGUUCUCCAUUGUUUUCUUCUGGAUUGGACGUAUCUGGGGCACAGUUUUCCGGGAGGUCUUCUACCCUGUCUUCGAUUCGUUCGGACGCUGCUUUUCUGGCAUUCGGGUCGCUUAUGGCGGCAAUACGAAAACCUUCGAUGGACCAUUCCGCGAAGCAGUGAACAACGUGGGAACCAACACGACGUGCGGAAAACAGCCCACAACUGGUCCAUACGGAGCUGGCAGCAAUGCCCCAACUUGGGCCUAAAGACCGCUGGCAGACAUUCGGAAUCGCUCAUAUUCAGUAAUACAUGUAUCCUUGCGCAACCUUCAGAGCAGCUGGUUAACUUCAAAUGUUUAAAAUGCCAUUUUUUAUUUUCAUGGUGUAAGUGUACCGUGCACGUAAUGGUAACGUUUAUAAAAAAUCAUUGAUGUCUGGUAUCAGUUUAUUAUAAUCACUGUGUUGGAGCAGGAAUACUCAAAAGUCAAACCGUUU